AUGGAGACUUCCUGUCCUGUUCAGAUAAGAGUAUCACAUGGAUGGAGGGGUAUUCUUGUAGGCAGAGACCUCAUAAAAAGAAACGCAGGAUGGUUGAUAAGGAAUGGAGAAUCAAUCCAACUGUGGGAUGACCCAUGGCUUAGCACCACGGAGAGGGAGGGCCCGAAUGGCCCACCAUCUGAGCUCUUGGCUAAUCUACGAGUCGCUGAUCUCAUGAUACCGGGAACGACAGAGUGGGACGUUGAAAUAAUCAGACAGGUCUGCCCAAUCUACGAGACACAAAUUCUAAGACUACGUCCUAGCUUAACCGGGGCUCCGGAUAGGCUCUGCUGGAUGGGAACCAAAACAGGAGAAUACACAACUCGAUCAGGGUAUAUCUCAGCUGUCUCAGAACAUGCUCCCGCUGAAGAGCUACAAAGAUCCACUAAUUGGAACCAACACGUUUGGAGCCUCAAAACAGCGCCGAAGAUAAAAAUGUUUGUAUGGAAAGCACUCAAGCGAGCUCUACCGGUGGGAACAAGACUUGUGGAUAGACAUAUCACAGCAGACCCGAGUUGCAAAAGAUGCGGUAACCGCGAAUCUAUCGAUCACCUUUUUAUUCACUGUCAGUUUGCUCAACAGAUGUGGCAAGCAGCACCCUUUGUGGUGGACUGUGACUCUAGUGGAUUGUUAGAUUUGGAUGAUUACUGGUCUGGAGUUGCAAAACAACUCUGCUUACCUCCCCCAGGCAUCUCCAACACCCAUCUAGCGCCUUGGAUCCUCUGGGAAAUAUGGAAAGCCAGAAACAAGCUGGUCUUUGUGAACUUCAUUUCUACUCCCAUGGAAUCUCUGUCUAUAGCAAUAUCGGCAGCUAGAGAAUGGGAACUAGGACAAACUUCCACUACAUCUCUCAAAUCGACAAAACCGCCUGCAACCCCACCGGCGAGUGAUUCAACCAUCCUCCGAACUGAUGCUGCUUGGCGAGUAGAUUCUGUGACUGCAGGGUUAGGAUGGAUCAUCUCGAUACAAGAAGAUACUCUCCAAUUCACUCAACUGGUGUUGCAAGUUCACUCGCCACUAAUGGGGGAAGCCUUGGCAAUGAGAGCGGGAAUUGAGAAGUGUAAGGAGCUGGGGUUCCAGAACAUCCGAUGUGAAUCGGACUCAAAACUUCUGAUAAACAGCAUCAACCAUGGUAACUCAUUACCGGAGCUAUAUGGAGUCGUGGUGGAUAUUCUCUGCACUGCGACGUUUUUUAACUCUGUCUCUUUUAUUUGGAUUUCAAGAGACAAAAACAUGGCGGCUGACUUGCUUGCUAAACAAUGUCUAUCUGUAGGUGUUGAGGUUCUAAUUCCACCAUAA